GGGCCGGCCGCGCGACCGUUCCACUGACGUCAAAACAGCUCGCGACGGCGGCCGCGGUUGCUGCGGAGCGGCUCCGGCUGUCCCGCCGAUCCCGGUGUUCCUCCGAGCCCCGUGUCCUGCCCAUCCCGGACCGACCGGCGAUCUUCCCGUACGUCAAUCAAAUUUCACUUUUCGAAACAUGGAGGGAGAACAGAUUAUGGAGGGACAGCCACAGGUUCCGGAAAAUCCUCAUUCUGAAUAUGGCCUCACUGAAAACGUAGAGAGGAUAGUAGAAAACGAGAAGCUAAAUGCUGAGAAAACAUCAAAGCAGAAGGUGGAUCUUCAGGCAUUACCCACACGAGCCUACUUGGAUCAGACAGUUGUACCUAUCUUGCUACAGGGACUUGCUGUUCUUGCAAAAGAAAGGCAUAUUUGCUCACUGCCAGACCUUUGGUUUGACCUACUGUGGAAUAAGUAUGUGAUUUAUUCUGUGGACAGAAUCCAGAUUAGCAGGAUUCACAUGGUAUAGCUGGAGGAGUUCUUUAAAAAAACCCCUACAGACUAAGGCCAGUGAUCAAAGUGUUUAUUAUUUACUACUUUCAAGUUACAGAACUUCUCAAACUUGAAGAUUUGUGGUGUUUGUUUCAGCUGCCACAAACUGUGAAAAAUACUAAUACACUGAGAUACACAAUAACCACUUGAAAAAAAAUUUAAGGAAAAAGCAGAGAUUCAGUUUUACUUUAAAUAGCAUGAGUUAAAGAAAUGCGCAAAUGCAUGUCAUAUCCAAUGAUGUAUAUACAGUAUUUAUGCUUACAGACUGUGGUUUUAGGCAUGUAACUGUUCUAGCAAUUUAGUAACGUGGAACCAGCAGUGACUAAGACACUUUUUAAAAAACUUUCUCGUUAGACAAACUGUGGGAAAUUUACAGAGUCACUCUUGGUAGUUGGUCAUCCCUAAAUAGAAAUAUUUGGGAAGAGUUAUUUUGCUUUUAAGGGAAGGUGAUUGGUCCUUCAGCUACCUAAUUUCAUAUAAUAAAAAAUAAUUGCUUUUGAUUUACUUUUUUUCUUUGCAGACCACCCAAUCCCAUUGAAUUUCUAGCAGCAUAUCU